AUGAUGAUUGAAGAUGUUGAGCUGCCCGUUACGGCUCCACACGGUGCUUUUGAGUUCACAGGCACUUCAGCUACACACUUUGACAACGCAUCUUUCAAUUUCCCAUCCUUUGGCUAUGAGAGCCUCAAGCUCUUAAACUUUCAGAGGAACGCCUCUGUGCUAUCUCCUUACUUACAUCUCAGCCUCUGCCAACCGAACCAGAGCCUGAACGGCAUCAGCGGCCGAGCUACGUAUUCCAGGAAAGUGCAUCUUUGGGACAAGGCCACGGGGAAUGAGGCGGAUUUCACUGCCGGGUUUAUGUUCAGCAUCGACUCUCGACAUAGAAACGAUUCUGGCGACGGACUGACCUUCUUUAUCGCUCCUUGGGGCUUCAGCAUGCCGAGAGGCUUGGGAGGAGGCCAGCUAGGUCUUCCCAAGGACUCUUAUUGUUAA